CUAAACUCUAGGUAGAGUCCGCUAGUGCACAUUUUUUACUACAAUUUGUACUAGAUGGUGUACAACGCUACUUUCUUGAAACUAAAUUAUUAAAUAUGGCUGCCAUAAGAAGUGGUUUAUCAACAUUCUCGAAUUUCCUUUUAAGUAAUACGAAUUUUCCAAUAUGUAAUCAAAUACGUAAUUUAUAUCUUGGACGAUGGAUGAUUCGUGAUAUGAAACGAAGAAAAUUAUUAGAGCAAUAUGGACCAGAGCGAUUACGAUUGGUUGCUAUGAAAAGAAACGAUAUUUUACCAGUACCAAUUCAGGAACUUGCUGGUAAACAAAUAGAUGAAACAAUACCUCGUCAAACUGCUAAAAGACAAAUAACAUUUCGUUGUGUAAUAACCUCCCGUCCUCGUGGUGUUGUAUCUAGAUGGAGAUUAUCAAGAAUUGUUUUUCGUGACUUAGCAGACCAUAACAAAUUGUCUGGUGUGCAACGUGCUAUGUGGUAAAUGUAAUACAAAUUAGAUAUUUGUUAAAAAUGUAUAAUACUUCUGAUGUACAAGAAUAUAAAAAUAUUGAAUAGAAUAAUAAAAUAUUGAGCAGAAG